AUCAGUUGCACUAUCGGAUCUGUUCAUUUUGAGCACUGCAGACUUUUGGUUUUUGGCUACAUUAAUAGUAGUGAUACCCGCCAAGACGUUCUUCUUUUUCAAAACCUGAAACAAUGUCCUCCCAGAGCACCCUGAAAAAACUGAUCCCCUCAGACGCCACCAUGAUAUCAAACCAACAAGUCGCUCAACAAAUCGCUAAAACCCUAGUGGAAUCAGGCCUUCAACACCUCAAAACCUCCUCAUCUCUGCUCUCCAAUCUCAACCCCAACAUAACCCACCUCGUCCUCUCAGACCCAAUCCUCCCACCUCAAUCUUGCUUGACCUUAUUCAACUUCCUCAGAAGAAACCCGUCUCUCAAAUCCCACAGACCCAAUCUCCAAGCCCAUGUAACCCUCUUUUGCAGGCUCCACCAAGCUAAAAGAUUCGCCCACAUGAAGAAUGUGGUGAAUGCUAUAGUGAACAACGGUCGUCUCCGAUGCCCCGUUUCCGGAAUCGUUUCUUUGAUCGAGAAUGGUUCUUAUGCGCCUGGCUCGGUUGAGAAACUCUGGGAUAUGCUAUUCAGGGUUUAUGCGGACAACCAAAUGUUUGAAGAAGCCAUUGGGGUUUUUGAUUAUGUGUACAAGAAUGGGCUUGAGAUUGAAGAAAGGUCCUGCUUUGUGCUUUUGCUCGCAUUGAAGAAGUGUUAUCAAGUGGACAAGUGUUUAAGUUUCUUUGAUCUAAUGCUCGAAAAGGGUGUUCGGAUCACGGUUUAUUCCAUGACAUUAGUGAUCAAUGAGCUUUGUAAGAGAGGAGAGGUGGAAAAGGCUAAGACAUUGAUGGGUGAAAUGGGUGGGAGAGGGAUUGAGGCUAAUGUUUAUACGUAUAACACGAUUACGAAAGCCUACAUUGAAAUGAAGGAUUUUGGUGGGGUCAAUGAGGCCUUGAGCUUGAUGAAGAUGAAUCAUGUGGAGUAUAAUGUCGCAACAUACAACCUUUUGAUUGACUGGUAUGGGAGUUGUGAGAAGAUUGGAGAUGCAGAGAAGCUGUUUGAUGAAAUGCGUGAGAGAGGGAUAGAGCCGGAUGUGUACGUCUACACUUCGAUGAUUAACUGGAAUUGUAGAGCGGGGAAAAUGAAAAGGGCAUUGUUUCUGUUCGAUGAAAUGACUGAAAGAAGGCUUGUUCCGAAUGAUCACACUUACGGCGCGUUGAUUAAUGGUGCUUGUAAGGCAGGGCAGAUGGAGAUGGCAGACAUUUUGGUGAAAGAGAUGCAAGGUAAAGGAAUUGCCAUAAACCGUGUUGUGUAUAAUACACUGAUUGAUGGGUACUGCAGAAAAGGGAUGAUAGAUGAAGCUCAGAGGUUCCAGGAUGUAAUGGAGAAGAAAGGGUUGAAGGCUGAUGUGUAUACUUACUGCACUAUAGCUAGGGGAUUGUUUAAAUUGAAUAGGAAUGAGGACGCAAAGAGGUCCUUGUUAACUAUGGCAGAAAGAGGUGUGGCUCCAAACUCAGUGUGCUUCACUACUCUGAUAGACAUAUAUUGCAAGGAAGGAGACUUGGUCGAAGCAAAGCGGGUAUUUCAGGAGAUGGAAAGUAAAGGAGAGAGGCCUAAUAACGUAACAUACAAUGCUCUAAUUGAUGGGCAUACCAAGAAAGGUAAACUGAAGGAAGCGCAUAAGAUAAAAGAGGAGAUGGAAGACAAGGGUUUGAUGGCAGAUUCGUAUACAUAUUCAUCGCUUAUACAUGGUGAAUGUAUUGCUGGCAACGUGGAUGCGGCACUGACAUUGUUUCAUGAAAUGUCCCAGAGGGGUUUAACUCGAAACGUUGUCACAUACACAGUAAUUAUUUCGGGUUUGUCUAAGGUGGGGAGAAAAGAAGAAGCUUUCAAAUUGUACGAUGACAUGAAAAAAGCAAGCAUCAUACCUGAUGACAGGGUAUAUAAUUCACUUGUACAAGGCCUUUAUACAGACAAGUCUAGCUCUAUGACAGAUGAGUAGCAUUGUGGCUUGUGACAAUUUGGUGUUAGAAAAGGAGCAUAAGCCCCAAGUCCUUGGCUGCCAAGUGAUUCCUUGAGCUUCAGAAAUGCUCGGCUCUCCAGUUGCCGUACCCGUUCCUUGUGGUAAUUGUGGCUUGUGGCUUGCGGCAUUGUGGCAGCCAAGGGCUUGGAGCUAAGGCAGCCAAGGAAAAGGAAAGCUUAUUUUUAUUGUUUUGUUAGAAAAUGGAAAAUGGAUCUACUUAACUCUAUGGCGAAUUCAAGCUUUUGCAA